AUCCCUAGCAAAAGCAAUCAUUUUUGCAUUUGUGUUUGUGUUCGUUGUCGUUUAUUUUAACUGAAAACAACUAUGGCUGAUACUCGGGGCUUUUCCAGCGUUGAGACCCCCGGAUAUGUGGGAUUUGCAAAUUUACCAAAUCAAGUUCAUCGAAAAUCGGUGAAAAAGGGUUUCGAAUUCACUCUAAUGGUUGUCGGCGAAUCCGGAUUGGGCAAAUCAACAUUAGUUAAUAGUCUCUUUUUAACCGAUCUAUACCCUGAACGCAUUAUACCCGAUGCCAUUGAGAAACAAAAGCAAACAGUUAAACUGGAUGCAUCCACAGUGGAAAUUGAAGAACGUGGCGUAAAGUUGCGUUUAACUGUUGUCGAUACACCCGGAUUCGGGGAUGCCAUUGAUAAUUCCAAUAGUUUUGGUGCUAUUCUAGAGUACAUCGAUCAGCAAUAUGAACGAUUUCUUCAUGACGAAAGUGGUUUGAAUCGCCGCAAUAUUGUUGAUAAUCGUAUACACUGUUGUUUCUACUUCAUAUCACCAUUUGGCCAUGGACUCAAACCAUUAGAUUUGGAAUUUAUGAAGAAAUUGCAUUCAAAAAUCAAUAUUGUGCCUGUGAUAGCCAAGGCCGAUUGUCUGACAAAGAAGGAAAUCUUACGUUUGAAAUGCCGGAUAAUGCAGGAGAUUGAAUUCCAUGGUAUUAAAAUAUAUCCAUUGCCCGACUGUGAUUCCGAUGAGGAUGAGGAAUAUAAAGAGCAAGUGAAACAAUUGAAGGAAGCUGUGCCUUUUGCCGUUUGCGGCGCCAAUACCCUGCUCGAGGUCAAGGGCAAGAAAGUCCGCGGCCGUUUAUAUCCAUGGGGUGUGGUCGAAGUAGAGAAUCCAGAUCAUUGUGAUUUCAUUAAGCUGCGUACCAUGUUGAUAACCCACAUGCAAGAUUUGCAGGAGGUCACCCAUGAAGUGCACUAUGAAAACUAUCGCAGCGAACACUUGGGCAAGGGCAUCAAGGGUGGCAAAGAGAAUGGCGUGAAACCCGAACGUGAUAGCCAUGUGCCCAGUCAAGUGGGUGUCAAUAGUGUGCUAACUGAAAAGGAUCGCAUACUGCAGGAAAAGGAAGCCGAAUUAAGACGCAUGCAGGAAAUGUUGGCCCAAAUGCAGGCACGCAUGCAGGCACAGAAAUAAAAGAGAAGCACUCGAAAAAAACCAGCACUUAUUUGUGCAAUAGAUAUAUUCACACACACACACACACAUAUAUAUAUAUAUAUUAUACUUUAUAUGCCGAUUUGUAUUUUCAUUCAAAUUGGCACACUUUAAUCUCUCAUUUAGAAAUCGAAGGGCGCUAAAACUGAUAAACUACUUGAUUUUGUUCUCCAUAUGCAUAAACUUAUAUACACUUAUAUAUACACACACAUAUAUAUAUAUUAUGUAUCAGGCAAUUCAAUUGCUCCCACACACCCCCCCACACACACACACAUACAAACUCAAUUCAUAUCAUAAAUUCUUUACUCACUCCUCGAAGAAAAACCAACAAAUAAGAACAACUGUAUUCCUAUUAUAUAUACACACAUACAUAUAUAUGUAACUCAAUUCAACUCAAAAUCGAUAUUAAGUACACUUUUGUAUCUAGUUAUUUAAGUAAAAACUAAAGCUAUUAUCUAUCUAUAUCUAUGAACGUAUAUAGAUAUAUGUUUAUCUAAUAUCCACAGCCCAAUCAUUAUGUAUUGUAUGUUAUAAUUCCAUUUUUAACUCUGAUUAUCUUGUCGCUCGUAUUCACCGCUGAUUAAUUCGUAAGAUUUUUGUAUUUUAUGGCUUGUUUUUUUUCUUGUUUAAUAAUGUUGACUAGUUGAGCUACUGCCGCCCAGCCGAGCCCUCUACAUGCUGCUGCCUAUUGCUCAAGCAUCUCUUCCUCCACAAAAAGAAAGCAAAAGAAGAAUAAUAAUUAUAGACAACCAGAAACAGAGAAUUCAGCGAAAAAACAGAAGACAAAAAAAAACAAAAUGUGAAAAAUGAAUGUAUUUUUUUAUCCUCCUAUAAAUAAUAACAUCAUAUUAUAUAUAUGCUUUUGAUACAUUUUUGCAAAA